AUGCGAGCAAUAAGCAUUGAGAUCGUGCAUAGUCUAACCACAAACUCAUGCCUAAUGGGCUUAAGACGCCAUAUAUCGCGCCGAGGCACACCAAAGGAAAUAUAUAGCGAUAACGGGACUAAUUUUCGAGGGACCGAUGCCUUUCUUAAAGACAAAUUUCAUCUGGAUGAUGCGAUGAUGCAUCGAGAAUUGUCGCAGCAGGAAAUAUCGUGGUACUUCAACCCACCGUCAGCUCCUCACAUGGGAGGAGCCUGGGAGCGCUUGGUGCGUUCCGUCAAAACCGUGUUAUACCAGGUGGAAAUGACGGUCAACUCCAGGCCCCUGACAUACGUGUCCCUGGACGACGAAGAUCAAGAAGCUCUUACGCCAAAUCAUCUGUUGCUUGAACAAAUCGACUAUAAAUGGUCGUUCCGCCAGAGUGAGAUGUUCGCCAACCUAUUUUGGAAGCGCUGGGUCAAAGAGAUGCUACCAAGCAUAACACGAAGGUCCAAGUGGCAUAAAAAAGUAAAGCCAAUUGGUGUAGGCGACAUCGUACUUAUAGUGGACGAAAAUCAGCGUCGUAAUACCUGGACAAAGGGUCGAGUGGUCGAACUGACCACCGCAGAGGAUGGUCAAGUCCGCCAGGCGAAGAUGAACAAUUUGUUGGCAUCACAAGACGAAGACGAAUUAGACGACGAAGUAGAUGAUGAAAUAGACGACGAGACAGAUAAUGAGUCGGUAGCUACAGAGAGGAACGUAGCAACAGAGAAUAAUUUGAGGAACAUACCGCACGAGAGAGCAAGCGAGAACAACAACGAUGAGUACAGAAGAAUAAACGAAGAGAUAGAAUGA